AUGGAUACGAAGCUCAGCCUUGCUCCCAAAUCAGGUCCUGCCAAGCAAUACGACGCGAUUCAGCUCAGGUUUUAUCUGCUCGAGCUUAUACAGGAGAUCAAUUAUGCCUACUUUGGACGAGCUGCCGAAGGAGCAGCAGCAAUCGAUGCCAUUGAGCCAUUGUCUCUGGUCCGCGAAGCAUUGCAUGGUCAAGACAAUGACAGUCAUAUUCCGUUGAAGCCAUUAUUGAGCUUUUCGGAUGUCUGGCAGCCUCUCGAGCUCCCGCAGGUAGAGGACGAAUGGGCCCUCGCCCUGUCAGAAUUACAGAAAUCCCCGAGGAUUCAUCUGUCUCAUUGUGGAACGUAUAUUCCUUCUGGUACCGUCAUGGAUGUCUUUGAGAGAUUAUCCGUCCACUGGUCUUGUCGACUACCUGCCGAGUCGCUCAAGGCAGGCCAAUGGAGGUACGUGGAAAGGGCCCUCGAGAAGAUGGCAGCUGAGGUGUACCUGUCGGGGAGAGGCGUCUCUGUGGUACCUCAAUCCACGUUAGACAUUGCCUCAAGAUGUCUGCCUCGAGGAGAGGACACACAGGUCAAGAGCGAAGACCAUUUGGAUGAGUUACCAUCUUCUCAGCCCAGAUCAAGCCAGACUCUGCCCACCCCAUCAGCCACGCCGUCGUCCUCACGAGCUGCUUCGGAAGCAGUAGAUAGUGCCAAGAAUGACGAGGAGCAGGAAGAUACACGGCAAGAAGAUGCCACAGUCGCUCGACUACGGAUGUAUUUGCCGUCUAUCAAGUUUACCCCGCCUCCUAAGAAUGGUCCACGCAUUAUCUCUCUCUGGCCAGAAGAGCGAGGUUCUGAUCCGUCAGAGUACCAAUACCAACGCUUUCGCAAGGGCCCCGACCAGAGAACUGGGGCGGCGCAGCGUGAGAGGGAGAAAAAGGAAGAGCGCCGACGACGAAAAGCGGACAGGAAAGCUCAGCUAGGCAUGAAGAUGGAGGCCGGCGGAGAGUUUUCUAGUCAACCUCUCCUGCCGACCAUCGUCCGAUCGAGCCCGCCGCCGCAGGAUGUGGGCAGUAGUAGCCAGGGUAUUGGAUUCGGGUUUGGAAGCCAGAGCCAAAGCCAGGGCUUUGGAUUCUCGCAGACCAUGUCGCAGCCGGUAGCAGGGGAGUUUGGGGGACUGGUGGUUAUGGGGAGGAUGAUAGAAUUUUGA